GUAGACAGGGUGUGUGUGUGUCUAGAGAGAUACAGAGAGAGAAAGAGUUAGAUAGCUUGCAUAUAAAAGGGGGCGGAGCUUUUAGUUGUCAGGGACAACGGCGUCAACACAGUCGGGAGAAAGGCAGUGUGCGGGUGCGCGCUUUGUGUCCACACCGUGUUCUCCACACAGACCUGAGGAAAUUACUCAGGGACAGGAUCUUCUCCUGGGCUCGAGCUCUCAGACACUUAUUGCUGUUAACGUAAAAAGGAGAGGAGAAGGAACAAGAGAUACGGGAUUAAGAUUUAUUUUUACACACCUUCUCUUUCAUCACGCGUUUAACUCGCAGCAGCAGCGGCAGCAGCGUGCUCUCCACAUUUCUUUAUUCUGUCUCUUUUACAUCGUUUCCCCUUCUGUAUGUCUGUGUGGGAGAAAAAAGGAGACAACGUAAUGCUUUCAUAAAUGUGAAUGGGAAGAAGUGUGUGCAGCGAUUUUAGGGAGCGUGUGGACACGUAGAGAGAGAGAGAGAGAGAGAGAGAGAGAGGAUGGGAAAAUCCAACAGCAAACUCAAGCCAGAGGUGGUGGAGGAGCUGACCAGGAAAACCUACUUCACUGAAAAAGAAGUCCAGCAGUGGUACAAGGGUUUUAUUAAGGACUGUCCCAGUGGGCAACUGGACUCAGCUGGCUUUCAGAAAAUUUACAAGCAGUUUUUUCCCUUCGGGGAUCCCACCAAGUUCGCUACAUUUGUCUUUAACGUCUUUGAUGAGAACAAGGAUGGACGCAUUGAAUUCUCUGAAUUCAUCCAAGCACUUUCUGUCACCUCCAGAGGAACACUGGAUGAAAAACUUAGAUGGGCCUUUAAACUUUACGACCUUGACAAUGAUGGCUACAUAACUCGAGAUGAGAUGCUGAACAUUGUGGAUGCUAUCUACCAGAUGGUGGGAAACACAGUGGAGCUACCAGAGGAAGAAAACACCCCAGAGAAAAGAGUGGAUCGCAUUUUCGCUAUGAUGGACAAGAAUGCAGACGGGAUGUUGACACUACAGGAGUUUCAAGAGGGCUCCAAGGCAGAUCCUUCCAUUGUACAGGCGCUGUCACUCUAUGAUGGUCUUGUGUAGCCAGACUUCAACAUGGCACACAGCCACCUCGACAAUCCAUUUUUGCCAUCCUGCUUGCUCUGUGAGAGAAGCUGAUGUGUUCCUUGCUUUCCCACACUUGCUUGGACCAUGUACUGCAUUGGCGCAUUGUGGGGGAUGCUUGUGGAUACGUCUCAGCUGUCAAUUAUUCAUCUGCAUAGUCAAAGAAAAACACAGGUCAAGACAACAUUACAGUGCCAUCUUCUGCAGAAUUAUUCUCCAGAUUCUUGUGAAUAUGAUGACUUAAGUAAUUUCCUUUAAAGGAGAGAGAAGCACCCAUGCAUGAGCAGUGCACAUAUAAAAAUCAGUAUAUUACUGAAUACCAGUAGACCCGUCCAUUUUAUUUUGUUUGGUGGAGCAAGAUGAAGACAUUCAGACACAUCAAACUCAUGAGGGGCCUCCAAACAGGACAACAUGUUCCACUUUCCAUAUAAGUAUAUAAUAAAUGAAUAAAAAUUUAAACUGUGUUAUUGAAUUGUAGAUUAUGGACAAUGACAUGAAAGGCUGUGAUUCACUGGACCUGAUAGGCCAGUCUUUUUGAAGAUAAAGUGAAAAUGUAUUAUACUUGGUUUCAUGUAUACAGACAUGCAUCCAGUAUUUAAUUACCUAUUUAUGUCAUUGUUUUAAACUGUUCUGAUCACAUGUGUGGUGUAAAUUACUGCUGCAACAUGUGCUGCUCUUGUGAUGCUUCUCUGAUCAUACCGGGGCGUGUGACUUGCAUUAAACUCUGAUAUGGU